CAAUGUUUUGAUAAUGGCGGAUCUUUCAAAACAUGUUUAGACACGGAUCGGUGAUGUUUGUACACGAUCACGCGUUGAUCGCCGAUGAUUUCUGUGAGAAAUAAUGGCUACUUUGAGACAGGACAUUGACUUCCAUGGACUCUUUCGAAAACUUGGUCACAAUCUUGAAGAGAUCCGUGUGAGAGCGCUGGAGAAUAUCUCAUCAAAAUUGGAGCAUAAGUUGAUAUGCGAUGCAGAUCUCAUCAAUGAGCGGCAUCUGUUUAUCCGACUGCUUGAAUGGUUCAACUUCUCUUCCUGCCCAAAGGCAGCUGAUGUCCUUGUGCUGCUCAGCAGGCUGUCACAGCACUCAGCUGCUGCCGAGAUCCUCCAGGACAUUGGGGGCGUUGACUUCCUCACACAGUUCCGGGAAAAUGCCAGUCCCGGUCUACGACCUGUCAUUGAUCAGAUUCUGGAGCACACCAUGCGCCUCCCAGAGGUCAAGGCCAGCGCUCACGCUCCUGAGUGCAUCUAUAACAAGCCUGCUGACACUGGGUUGAGCCAGACCAUAACCACCAUUGAUGAGAGCACACGGACCAAUCAAAUGUCAGCAACUCCUAGAUCAUUUGGUCAGGUUUCCAUGACAACAUCCCUGCCAAAUGCAGAGAGGCUUGGUUGCUAUGGUGAUCCUGCAACUAGUUAUUUUAGAAGUUUACCGGAGGAGGAAAUGGAUCCACCGCUAGCCAAAUAUGAACCUGGGGGAUCAGCUGGACUUCGAGUUACAGUGUUUCCAUGGUUACCCCUGACUCCAACUGACCGGCAUGUUCUUCAGUCAACCAACAGCUCUCUGCAGAGUAAGGACGUCUCCAUGUUGAUGUCAGCGUGUGAGUUUCUCAGUGAUGUCGUGCUGCAAGACUUUCCUGCAGAGAUCUUCCUGCAAAGGCCACAGAUUGUCAAGAGUCUGUGGUCACUGCUGGGUGUCAAGUCCGAGGACAACACGGCCUUGUUGAUGCGAGCCACACAAACUCUGACGGAUGUUAGCCGAAGCCUCCACACACGACUCCGGUAUUACCAGGACCCAGUUCUCUACACACCAAAACAGGAUUUCAGCUCUUCUUCGUCCUCUUCGUUCUCCAAUGUUGCCAGCUCUUCCUCCAACCAAUCAGGGAACUCUUCUGACACACGGCCAUCUGUGAUUGGCUGGACUGCUGCACGGCAUCGGGGUGAUGGUCGAGAUGGGGACAGUUCCACCUCAUCAAACAGAACUGUGUCCGGAGCAUCUAGCCUUGGCCUUGACCCUGACACAGGUCAGCUGAGAGAGGAGACUGACGCUGAUGACAGUCACAUCCUCCAGUACCAUCAGAUAACUCUGCCCCAGUUCUGCAUCAUCUCCCUGCAGAGGGCACUGCCCGCACUGCACACUCAGAAUGAGGCUGCGGUGGUGCAGGGCAUGCAGCUGUUGUAUGCAGCAUCAGAGCUGCUGCAACAAGUUGUGACAUCGCAUGUGUGGAGCGAGACGUCACAGCCAUCAAUGGAAGUGGUGGAGAAGUUGACAGACUGCUUGGAUGUGAUUGGCGAUUUGUUGUCCUUCCACCAUCACGGCCACCACAAUGUCCCGGACGUAGGUCACGGUGACCUGGCGCAGCACAGACUGGCGUACAUCAGCGUGUGUAACUACCUGGUGCACCUGCUCCAACUGCUGCCUCCAGGCAAUGUGUGUCCCCUGUUGCCUGACAGCCUUGUGUCUGCCCUGACUGUAUUGGUGUUUGAUGAGAGCCUCUUUCUGGCCUACCCCGCCACACACAGCGCCCUCCUGAGACUGGUUCAGCAGCUGGACCCGUCCGUCCACCAGCGAUAUCGUGAUGCAGUGAACAUCUGCAAGUCAAUGGGUCACUCGUGCAGGUUCAUCACCGGAUUUAAACAAGGAGUUACCUCCCCUGAGGAACUCUCCACACAGAUGGAGGAAGCUUUCCCCAGCCUACCCUACCAUGUGCACAUUCCCUUGGUCACAGACUUCAUCAAGUUCUUCUCCAACAUUCGGUACAAGACAGCGACGGAGAAGUCGACCGUCGCCCGGUGCCAGAGAUGCCUGCUGAGGAUCCUGGCCUACCCUCUGCCACUGGUCCGGCAACAGACCUACAAGGCCGUGCUCAGUACAGUACAGAUGUCACUGAAUGUGAACCAGGCUGCUGACCCCAAGUCUCGCACAUGUCUCCGUGUCAAGUUCCUCUUUGACCAUGAUGUCUUGUAUGAAAUCAUCUGCUUUGGUUUAGCUGACUCUGACCCUCAGGUUGCCACCGCUGCUGCAGACCUGACCUUGACCUUGCUACAAGGUCAGCUACUGAUGACAGACUCCCUGUGGCAGGAACUCACCACUGCUCUCACCAAGUCCCAGCCAAUACUCCAGUCGUAUGCUGACAGCAGCACUGUGCUGGGGAAGAGGUUGAAGACGAUGCUGGACCCAGUCUCUACAGCCGAUAAUCUGCCUCUGAUGGAGAAGUUCCGAGGCACACUGCGACACAUGUUCUCUGCUGACAUGAAACUGAGGGCGGAGUCUCUGCGGCAGCUGGCGUGGUUCCUCUCCAACGAGACCGACAGCUGUAACAAGAUCCCUACAUUCUCCGAACUAGAUGUCUCCAACCUCGCCAACGUGUUCAUAACCGAGACCCCAAGAUCCCUGGACACUGACCCCGGCAGAUCCAUCUUCCAGGUGAGCGACCUCCACCAGGUGUAUGGUAUCUUCUCCUCCAAACCAGUUGACCCUGGGGUUAAGAAAUCAGCUGUAGAUCAGCUGGCUGUCAUGCUUCAAGACCAGAACCUGCACACCACAUUCCGGCAGGAGGGAGGCCUGGAGGCGGUGCUGGACCUGGUGAGGACGGGCGUGGCGAAGCAGCCCCAGGUGGACGCUCAGAAUGUGAACAUUCCCUACCUGUCAGCAUGUGUGACGAUCCUACGCCACCUCCUCCAUCACGACUACACCCUUAGGCACAACCUGGCCCAUGAUUCUCAGAUCUACUACUGUCUAGUGAGAGUUGCCCUGAUGUUCCAGAAGGAUGAGAAGGUGUGUUACGAGGUGUCCCAUGUUCUUACACUGCUGCUGCAUGAUGAGGUGGCCAAGUUUGAUGUCAGCACUUCUAAAGGAGGGAAGCUUGGAAUGGCCUUCACUUUGCCUUCUGUCAUCACCAAGAGGUACCGACUACCAUUUCGCUCUGCUGUCCAUCACGAAGUCAGUCCGCAUUGUGUAGUUAUUCCCCCUGCUGACGACCCGCUGCAGUGUGGCCCCGCCCUGGAGAAGCUGUGUGUUGCCUGGAACGUGGCGUGGAAUGGUGGCAUGGAGGGACUUCUCAGUCUGGUCAAGAUGGAGAAACAAGAUGGAGACACCAAGGAACUCUUUUCCAGCAAGUUGCAGUUGUCAGCUGUCCUGAAGCGAGUGCUGGAGGUGACAGAUUUCCGCUGGGGAUUCCAGCAGGGCGUGUACGGCAUCAGCAACGCUACAUCCCACAGUGCUGUGGAGGCUGCCCUUACUCGCCUCGCCAGCUUCAUCAUCAACAUCCGGAGUCUCCACUCCAGUGACCUGCUGCCCAGUAAGGACUGGUUCACAAUCUUGGGGAGGUUUGUCCAGGUGAUGCCGACGUCUGCUGCUGAUGAGAGUCUGCUGCUUGAGGUCCUCAAGUUUGCCAGCAUCAUCCUCAAACUGCCCAAUCAGGCAUCAGCUGACAUGCUACCAUGGCUUGCAGACAAGCUGUACGAUUCAACAGGGCCCCUGAUUGGUCUGCUGAACAGGUCAGGUGGGACAGACAUGGGAGACAACCAAGUUGACAGCAAUGUUACUGUCAAAAGGUCCCUGGACCGACAGCUGCUUCACUUCAUAGCCACUUUCAACAGCCAGCUGCCCUACCAGCUCUGCAAGAGCUUGAAGAUGUACCAGAUGCGAGGCGACCUUGCCAAGAAGCUGCUGCUGCGACUGAAUGUGACAGAUGCUCCCCAUUUCUACAACCUGGCCUCUCUGGAAGGAACACUACAGUGCUUGAUGCACCUGACUGCCAGGCCGGGCUGGAGCCAUGAGUGUACAGACAUCGACAGCAGCUCCCUUUGUUCCCAGGUCCUCACCUGUCUCCUGGAGGUAGUGUCAGCAUUUCACAUCGGGCGUGGCAGCACCUCCAUGUCGUACAUGGGAAAGGGAGUGACCAAGUCGGCCACCAUGUGCCUGCGUCAUUUGGCCCAUGAGAUGGCAAUUGUUACGGACGACCAGGACUGGCCACGAAGUUGGAUCUAUAGUCGGCGGGGGACAGAUGGAGCGGGGGAGCCGGGACUCAACUGGAUGCUGACACUGUGGGCCUACAGAGACCCCGAAGUCCGAGCUGCCGGCCUUGGUAUAGCCGUCGCCCUGACAUCCACCGAGAUGGGUCGCAUCAUCAUCACCGAGAACUGUAAACAUAUCCCAGGGGGCAUCUGGGGUGCAGCCUUCAGCAUCCUUCUGGACCAAUCAGAGUGCAGCAUGGUCAGACAACAGGCUGCUCUGCUGCUGGUGAAUCUGACAUCACAGACAAUGCCGAGUGGAGGGGUUGAUGGAGUGCAGAAUACAUGGCAGGGGCCAGUCGUCACAGACACAGAGUACGAGGUGUCCCUGGUCGGACUGACAGCGCUGCUGGCGUUGCUGCACCACAGCCAGUUCUACCAGGAGAUGAUGAUGCUUCUGGCCAGCCUGUAUUCCAACCCUACAGUGCAGCCAGUCAGUGUAACCAUGGAGACACAGCUGCCGUCCACCACCAGUACAGACACGACUCUCAGUACAUCAGCAGGUGCCCGACACUUGAGUGUAUCUCGGGACGGCAACACCCUGGGACAGCGAGGUGUCACCCAGAGUAGGGCUGUCCACACCCCUCCCACCUCGGGCAGCUCAGGGACCCCACGGUCAGGAUAUGAUGGCGGCGGUGACAUAACCUCCUCCACCUACACCAGCGACACCCUGGAGUACCACAGCGUCGUCACUCCAUGUCUGGUGUCGGCAGUCUGCCGUCUCAUCAAGAACCUCGUGCUCCUGGCGCCACAGGAUACCUUCAUGGCCCUGAAGAAGGACGGCUACAUCUCCAUCUUGACAAGCAUGAUUGAUUCAAGACAAAUCCAGGAGUGUUGUCAGGAAAUGUCAACUGGCUCGAACCCUGCCCAGGCCGAGCUUGCGUUCCGGGAUCUGAUACAGCUGUAUGACAGCAUCGUGACGCUGCUCAGAGCCUGUGCGUUAUACGACUCCCCCAUCAGGGUGGAGAUUCUAGCCAACACCAGCGCCCUCGACUCCAUCGUGUCUCUGCUUCUUAUUCAGUGUGAUGCUAGUGGUGACUUGGCUACUGACUGUCGUGGACUGUGGAUGUCUGUGUUCAACCUCCUGUCCUCCCUGAUACAGCUGCAGUCCUCCACAGCUCUUGAUGUCAUCACACACGCCCUUUCCAAAGCCUGGACACACCUCUCAGACAUGUUUGGACGGCUCCUGGAGAUGCUUUGUGAGGAGACACAGGCCGUCUCACUGUCCUGCAUGGCCUUCCUGUCUGGAAUAUGUUGUGAGGAAGGCAGGAUAGCAGCGAAACACCCGGAGAGAGGCUCCAGGUCACACACGCUGUCUGAGCUUCUGGACAUGCAGAUAGGCCGACCAUCUGAUGAUCCCAGCCAGGGACCCCGAACAUCAGGAUCCAGCCUGUGCAAAGCGUUGAUUAGUACCUAUGACCUGGUCACCUUGAAGCACACUGACCGACCACACAGCGCUGACCGGAUAGCUGUCAUCAACACACUCAAGUCUCUCCUUGUCAUCUCACAGUCGGCGAAACAGACAGCAUUGGACAUGGGCCUGGCGGAGUCGCUCCUGCAGCAUGGGAAGCAGCUCCAUGCCCAGCUCAGUCUGGAGGCCCUGCAGCUCACCAAGUCCGGGGGGCGGAGGAAGGAAGAGCCCCUCAUACAGGAGCUCCUGCUCCUCUUCUCCCUGCUGAGGAACUUCAUGGCCAGCUGCAACAAGGUCAAGCUUGCGUGCCACCAUUCGGGUCUGAGUGGCCUGUUACACCGACUGUGGGCGUGGGCACAAGUGGAUGCCGCCCUGAUGUCAUCCAUCCUGGCCCUGCUGCUCACCUUCACAGCUCACUGUCCACCUGCUACCUCCUCGUUGGCAUACACCAGCUCCUCCGGCGUGCCCAACACCACCGUGGACGGCAAGCCCUGCCUCAGCAGCAGCUCCUUGGUGCACUGCCUGGUGAAGCUGGCAGGACACAGCACCAACAAGGACGCCUCCAAGCUGGUGUUCAGCAUCCUCGCCACACUCACCCUCUCCUCCGAGUGCCGUAACAUCAUGUGGAAGAGUAACUUCUUCUCUGAGUUCUCCAAGUUGAAUCCUCACAAGGCCAGCAAGAGCAAGUGGAAGUCUCCGCGAGAUGUGCAGUGGAUGGAGGUCCUCACCAACCUCUCCUUCUCAGUGGAGGGUCACCAGAUCAUCCUCAACAUCUCAGGAGGAGUGCAGCUGCUGCUGGACUACUUGGAGCUGGGGUCGCCCCGAUGUCAGGAGAGCUCCCUCCUCAUACUCCGCAACCUGUGCUGCCACGCCAGUAACAAGCAGAAGCUUCUUGCUAAUGGUAAGCUGCUGCCGGCCAUGUUGCAGUGUGUGGAGGAGGGGACAGAGAAGAUGCAGGCCGUGGCAGCAUCAGCACUCUGGGCACUCAUAUUCAACAAUCAAAAGGCAAAGGUUCUGAUGAAGAAUGCCAACAUUCUCUGCCAACUCAAGGAAUCUCACCAAAACAUUGUGAAUCUUGCCACCAAGUCGGACUUACAGACGCGCUGCGCUGACGAUCUCAAGUCUGUCAUCUCAGUAGUGGCGGAAUAGUUCCGGUCCUGAGGCUGGAUUCAGUGAGGUUCUGAUAGCCUCGUCCCUGACACUGAAGGAGAUAACCUGACACUACCAUUUGGACACAAGCAGAUAGUCACAUGCUCUCAGAUUGUGUGUGUCAUGUCACAAGUGGAUGAGAUGCACUCCCAACUGGUUUCUGAAGAAUUCCUGAAACUUGCAGCAUUAUCCCAUGUUUUACUUCAGUGCAGGGAAUGGUAGAAAUAAUGUUUGCUGGAAGUUAGAUUGAUUUCUGAGGUGCCAAGAUAAUAGAUGCGCUGUUGUCACUAAAUUUGAAUUAUGACUGAGUGGAGAGCAUUUAACUGGAUAUCUCAGCCAACAAAUUUUCAUUCAAUAUUUGGAAACAGGGUAAUCUAACCAUUGUGCAUGAAGCAGAUUAAAUUCUCUGACUGUCUGCUGACAGUGGACAGGAUUCACAGCCCGUGAAGUAGCCGGUUGUUAAGAUGUUCCCUUGCAUGAAGAGGACCAAGGGUUGAAUUCUCAACGUACGUUAUACAAAUCCAAGAAUGGCAUGACCCUACCACCACACACAAUAUUAUUACUUGGUACUAUGUAGUAAAACAUCACUCAUUCAUAGACAGUAUUAAGCUACAUUAAGAAAAUUUUACCUCCAAGCCUGUACAGAACAAAAACAGGAUGCUCUCCCUUAAACCAACAUGAGUGAGUGAGUGAGUGAGUUGGGUUUAACGCCGCUUUUAACAUUAUUCCAGUUAUAUCACGGCGUGUCAGCUUAAUGUGGGAGGAAAGCCCGAAGUGAUGCAGGUCUUAGACGUUUACCACUUCGGUGAAACCCACGA